GAGAUCAUCCCGCAUCCUCCGCUCCUGCCCACCAUCGGCAGCGCCACGCUUUUCAGCCCGACCAAUACACCUCUGAACCGCAACGGCUGGCGCUACACACCCGCCGGGCCAGCUUCCUCUCUGCUGCCCCAGACCGUCUACCGCACUCUCGAACAAGAGCCUGCAGGCGUGCAUUGGAGCUGGGCAGAUCGUAGUGCCUUCACCAAGAUGAGCGCCGACGCCGAUGUGGUUUCUGCCGAUAAGGGAUUCAGAUCUGCAAGGGCCAACGUUCCGGUCAGACAUGGAGCUUGGUACGUUGAGGUCCACAUCCUAGAACCGGAGGUGCUUGUCCAAGGUGUGGGCGCCUUGGGCGCUCUUCCCGCUCCCGCGCGUGAUGGACCUCACGUUCGCCUUGGUUGGGCUAGGCGCGAGGCACCAUUGAAUGCCCCAGCAGGGUUCGACGGCUACUCGUACGGCUACAGGUCCGCAACGGGCGAGAGAGUUUGGCUUUCUCGGCCUGGCGCCUACGGCAAGCCUUUCGGUCCUGGCGAUGUGAUUGGCCUCUGGAUUCGUCUGCCUAUGCCGGAUCAGCACAAGGAAGAUCGACCUUCUCACGAGAAGCUGGGGGUCGAGACGGUCAUCCGUCGGAAGCGGAUUCCAAUCCGGUACCGAGGUCAAGUGUACUUUGAACAGCUUGAGUACGCUCCAACAAAGGAGAUGGAGGCGCUUGCAGAGCAGAGCAAGAAGGGGCUGCAUCGAUGGAACGCCCCCUCCUCCACGGACGCACAAAGUGGAGCAGCUGAAAUUGAGACCGCUGCACUUUCCGGCCAUUCGACCGCGAAAGCAUCGCAGCCAUCGUCAAGUAGACCCUUGUCAGACUUAGGACCUCAUUCUCGCAUCGGUUUCGUGCUCAAUGGAGAACCACAAGGAAUAGCUUUUGAUCAUCUCUUCGACUUUCGACCGCUAAAGCGCCCUACGACGACGGCCCAAGAGGCAGCAGCAAAUGGGAAAAAGAAGACGACUAGCAUCAUGAAGAGCCGGGAAAAUCACGCAGAUGAUGGCAGUUUGGGGUACUUUCCCUUUGUCUCGUGCUAUGGUGGCGCAAGAGCGAAGAUCGUUGCAGAUCCUGAUCAUUGGGCAUUUCCGCCCUCAGUCGACCUUGAGGCGCAAUUGGAAAUCGCGGGGCUCGGCCCUAGUUCUGGCGGGCCUUCUUCUGGAUCUUUGCCCUCUUGGCAGGGUCUUUCUGCUCGCUACGGCGAGUACAUGGCCGAGCAGUGGGUGCUCGAUCAA